AUGUUUCAAUCUUCCAAACCAUACUCGGCGGUGACAGUCCAAAUCGAAGUCCUCACAAGUGAACAAUAUGAAGUCGAGGACUCCAGCGGUAUCGUCGAUUUGGUCGAAGUAGUCCGCAUCCAGGCGAGCGGUCCAACAGAAGCGAGUCGGGCUCUGCGCAAGAAGCUAAAAUAUGGCAACCUCCACCGACAACUUCGUUCCCUCGUGAUCCUCGACUUCCUAGUUCAGAAUGCCGGAGAACGCUUCCUGCGCGAGUUCGCUGAUGAAGCACUCCUCGAACGACUUCGAAUCGCGGCUACGGAUUCCGUCUCCGAUCCUCUCGUCAAACAGAAAUGCAAACAGAUAUUCGGACAAUGGGCCGCGACCUUCAAGGAUACUCCUGGCAUGGCGAAGGUCACGGCGCUAUACAAGCAGGUUCCCAAGCGGAAACAGCCUGCCACACAGGCGAAGGCCAAGGUCUUACGUGAGGGCUCAAAUUCCAACCAAAAUGAGCCUCCGAUGGGUCAUGUCGUUUCAGUAUCAGGAGGUAGUGGGCCAUCAACAUUGUUGAGCGGUCCCAAGCCAAAGUCCAAGUCAAAGAAAGACAAGAAAGACAAGAAGCUUGGACUGAGCAGCAGCAGCAGCAGGAAAUUCGACUUGGAAAAGGAACGUCCCGAGAUCUUGCAGGCGCUCGCAGCUUCCUCGGUGGCUAGUACUAACCUUUUAAACGCGUUGAAACUGGUCAACCGUGAGACGCACCGAGUGAGCGAGGACGCAGAAUGUAUUCACGGAUUUGAUACUUGCAAGGACCUUCGCCACGGUAUUCUGCGAUACAUUCAAUAUAUCGAAAGUGAAGAAUUCCUCGGUGGCCUGAUUCAUGCGAACGAAGAGCUCGUAACUGCAUUGAUGGCCUUCGAGGUUCUGGACAAGAGUCUAGACUAUGAUAGUGACAGUGAAGACGAAAUUAUGGACGCCAGUUGGAAGCAGAGACAUGGUCUUGGUCUUGACGAUGAUGUGAAUGACGGUCUCGCUGGGCUUAACAUCAAUCCACCCAAGCCACAGCGUCCACAUCUGCCUCUUGCAUCUUCGACUCAACAUUCCCGUCAGAUCUUUGAGAGUGAAAGCGAGACCGAAUCUGAAGAGGAAGAUGAUGAUAAUCCUUUUGGCGACCGCAAUGCUAUCAAGACACCUGGUAUCGAGAAGUCAGAACACACUUGGAAAGAGGUUUGA